UCCGUCUGUGGGUUUUAAAUUUCAGGUGGUAGAGAUGGCAGGGGUUCGCGCAGCCGGAGUUUUUUCCAGAUUUGCAAACAGCAAAUACUCCCUAUUAUCAGGUCAUGCCAGCCGAAGUCUUUCAGUUUCUUCCUCUGUGGCAGCUCGAACUCACGUCAGCUACGAGCUCAAGGAUGAUGUGGCAGUUAUACGGCUCAAUGAUCCAACAUCCAAGGUGAACACACUGUCGGUGCAGAUGCAGGCUGAACUGACGGAGGUGAUGGGGGAGGUUUGGUCAAAUGGAGCAGUGAAAAGUGCUGUCUUCAUCUCUACCAAGCCUGGCUGCUUCAUUGCCGGGGCAGAUAUCAAUAUGAUCCAGGCCUGCAAGAGUAGUGAGGAGGUAACCAGCUUGUCCCGGGAAGGUCAGAAGAUGUUUGAGAAGAUUGAAAAAUCUCCCAUUCCCAUCGUUGCUGCCAUCAACGGCUCCUGCCUGGGUGGAGGCCUGGAGUUUGCGAUAGCAUGCCAGUACAGAGUUGCCACCAAGAGCCGGAAAACCAUACUGGGUACACCAGAGGUCAUGCUGGGCCUGCUGCCUGGAGCAGGAGGCACCCAGAGACUGCCGAAGAUGGUGGGUCUACCUGGAGCAUUUGACAUGAUGUUGACAGGAAGGAAUAUUAGGGCUGAUAAAGCCAAGAAGAUGGGCCUGGUGCACCAGCUUGUGGACCCUCUGGGUCCUGGUCUGAAGCCUGCCGAAGAGAGAACCAUUGAAUACCUGGAGGAAGUGGCAGUGGGGGUGGCUAAAGGAAUUGCCAACAAGAAGGUUUCCCUUACAAAGGAAAAGGGCUUCAUGCAAAAGCUGCAGGACACAGUGAUGGGCCUCGGUCCAGUGAGGAAGCAGAUCUACAAGACCGUCAGUGAUAAGGUCCAGAAACAGACCAAAGGACUCUACCCUGCUCCUGUCAAAAUCAUCGAGAGCAUCCAGGCUGGAGUGGAGCAGGGCGGAGAGGCAGGCUAUGUGGCUGAAGCUACGAACUUUGGGAAGCUGGCGAUGACAUCAGAGUCCAGGGCUCUGAUUGGUCUUUAUCAGGGUCAAGUGAUCUGUAAGAAAAACCACUAUGGGACCCCGGAGAAGGAAGUGAAGAAGCUGGCCAUCCUGGGCGCAGGUCUGAUGGGGGCAGGUAUAGCCCAGGUGUCCGUGGAUAAAGGCCUGACCACCAUCCUAAAAGACACCGCCGUUGAUGGUAUUAGUAGAGGAGAACAACAGGUCUACAAAGGACUCAACGACAAAGUGAAGAAGAAGGCCUUGACAUCAUUUGCUCGUGACACAAUCCUGUCCAACCUCUCAGCCCAGCUGGACUACUCUAGCUUCAAGUCUGCCGACAUGGUGAUCGAGGCCGUGUUUGAGGACAUCAACAUCAAACACAAAGUCCUCAAAGAGGUGGAAGCGGUGAUCCCUCCCCACUGUAUUUUUGCCUCCAACACCUCAGCUUUGCCCAUCAAGGACAUUGCGGCUGCCAGCAAACGCCCCGAGAAGGUGAUUGGCAUGCACUACUUCUCCCCGGUGGACAAGAUGCAGUUGCUCGAGAUCAUCACCACAGAUAAGACAUCUAAAGAUACCACGGCCUCGGCUGUCAGUGUGGGCCUCAAACAGGGCAAAAUCAUCAUUGUCGUCGGGGAUGGUCCAGGGUUUUACACCACUCGCUGCCUGGCUCCCAUGUUGGCAGAAGCUGUCAGAGUGCUCCAGGAAGGUGUGGGGCCAAAGAGGCUGGACGCCCUGACAACAAGCUUCGGUUUCCCGGUUGGUGCUGCAACACUGGCUGAUGAAGUUGGUAUUGAUGUAGCGGCACAUGUAGCCGAGGAUCUAGGUAAAGCUUUUGGCUCUCGUUUUGGAGGAGGAAACGUGGACGUUCUCAAGACCAUGGUGGAGAAAGGCUUCAAAGGUCGUAAAUCUGGUAAAGGCUGCUAUAUUUAUGGAAAGGGCAAGAAAGACAAAAGUGUGAAUCCUGACGCAGAAGAAAUCCUGAAGAAAUACAAACUGGCAGCUCAUCCCGCUAUUUCAACAGACUCAGACAUCCAGUACCGUCUGGUUUCUCGCUUUGUUAAUGAGGCAGUUCUGUGUCUGCAAGAGAACAUUCUGAGAAACCCCGUGGAGGGAGACAUUGGAGCAGUGUUUGGACUUGGUUUCCCUCCCUGCUUGGGUGGUCCGUUCAGGUUUGUGGAUUCGUUUGGGGCAGAGCGUCUGGUGGGCAUCAUGAAGCGCUUCGAGGACAUUUAUGGAAAUCAGUUCACACCCUGCCAGCUGCUACUGGACCACGCCAAGAACCCCAGCAAGAAGUUCCACAAAUGAUUCAGCUCCACCUCUGCCAUAACAACCCUCAACCCUCAGAGAGAGAGAGAGAGACCACAUCCUACAGGGUCUGGCUUCACUGUUGUUGCUUAAGAGUAGAGUAUGAUUUGGAAGGCUUUAGUUUGUGGCCUACACAUUUUUCUGAUGGUUGAUUUGCCAUGUGCAUAUUCAUUUCCUGCAUACAAAACUCACAUUUGUUGUUUUUCAGACUUUUUUUUUUAUUAUGGACCCCACCACAGUUCUGGGCAAGAUACACCCAUAACUACUGUGAUUAGCCAUUAAAUUUGUUGGCUGGUUGCCCAUUUGCUGAAACAGGCGUGACAUAAGCCCUCACCCAAUCAUAACCUUAACCUUAUUCACUUGGGCAUAUCUUGGCCAGAACUCUGGUGGACUUCAUAAUAGCGAGGCAGUGUUUGGUUAUAAUGGUGUUUCUUCUGUGCAUAUCAUACAUUUUUUUAAUAAGGUUCCCAUUGGUCCUGAAAUUUUUGGAAUGUAAUAGAAUUUAGAGAGGUGUGUUCCACCCAGUGAAAGUCGCCAAAUCUGACAAGAAGUCAGUGAAUAUCAGGGAACUGUACAAAUGGGUCACUUUACAGAAAUAUACCAGAAUGUACUUAACAACUUGUUUUGCACAUUUGUUGCAAUAGCUGGUGGUUUUCAGCACAACUUGCAAACCAGACUGAUCUCCCCUUUAGAAAAACAACAUUAACAAACCAGGAAGGAAGAGAGAACAUUUUCAGCUCAUGGAAGCACUCUGAAAUUUGCCAUGGAAAAAUCAUGGAAUUGGGACCACAUUUGGAUCAGUGUAACAGCUAAAGGUGUUAAGUGUUGGUGACUUUGGUAUCUAUACUGUUAAAUAAUUUGGUGAUUUGGCUAAAGCGUGAUAUUGAAAUCAUGAUGGUGCUCCAGCGUUCCUUCUGGUUUAUGCCCAGCCCCCCUCAGCCUACCCUAAAUACAGAAGACCUUCUGGGUCAAGUGGAUUGAUUUCGCUUGAAACAAACAAUAUGCGAACUGUAGGGUACUGGACAACAUGUUUUUUUUAUGUUAUUUAUUUAACAGUUCACUUUUACUUAACCUGCCUCACUCUGCUGGCUAUGUAAGAGUCACAGCUGCAGUCAGUCCAUCUUCAUUUUUGGGAAUUCAGAAAAUUUGUCUAUCUUCAGAAUUGGAAUGUUUAACAAUUUUUGGUACAUAGCCGAAAAAUGUUUGUUAAGUUAAGAAAUUUCCCAUUCAUUUUUCCUAAUAUUAUCUGUUGGCCUAUCAUAUGUUCAUGAUUCAUCUCAUAGUUGAGAUCAAAGUGUAUAAACCUUUAUGUCUGGAUUUUCUGGAAUGUUUAUGGAGAAAGUGAAGGCAAACUUGGCUUCCAGAAUCAGGGUAUGUUUCAUCUCUGUAUGUAGAUGAUUAUACCUGAAGUAACUACUGAGGUCUGUAUGGCCUUUUGCACUAUCUUGUCUCUCUGAUAACUGUGUCUUGCGGAUGUAGUCUAUGUUAUCAUUGUCUUUGAAUGCAAUAACUGCGGUGCUGUAUCUAGCCUUAUCUGCAAUAAACCUCACAGCCUC